AUGCUCACUUCCGCAAACACGUCGCCGUUGCACUUGGUGGCUUUCAUUUCAGAAUUUGCCUCGAGGUGGUUACGUCUCGCGUCCGACCCCGAUCCGAUUCAAGUCCCCAGCUCACGUCACGUAAUGAUGGAGAACCCGUUGCCUUCGUCCAUCCUGCCUAAAUCUGGCGGUCUGCGCAAAUCCAGCUCCACGCGGAGCUUGGCGUCGCUGGCCGAUGUGCAGGCGCUAAUCAUCGCCCAAGACGAGGAGGAGCAGGCCCAGCAGCGUCGAAAGUCACUGUCGAAGCCGCCGCGUCACGCCAGUGUGCCGAUGUACGCUCAAAUCCUGCUGCAAUUGUGGCAGAGCGAGCUGCAGCGCAACGAUGUGGACCUCACGAGCGAUUUUUUCUACGACCUGAACGGCACGGAGGAGCAGGGCGUGCAGCUCGUGGGCCGUAUGCAAGCGCUCGGCUUCAAUAUCACGGUACCGCAGUUCUUGGCCAUGCAUCGAUGCUCCAUCUACUCGGUGCUACUGGUGGCGUUGUGAACAAUUGCAACAAGGCGCAGAGCUGCUAUUUUAUCGUCGGUUUGUCCGGCCACCACGUCCCAUACCCGUUGGCUUCAUGCGUAGCGUCACGACACUCAGUAGCAUAGUAAGAUAAUUUAUAGCGUACGCACACGAAGCAUUUUUUUAAUGCAUCGAUUGUCAAUUUCUCAACGUAAUACAUGUAGAAUAUCCGACCAACUGCCAUUUCCUCAAGAACUAUUUUUCUCAUAUUUACUUCGAAGCAAAUUGACAGAUGAAAA